AUGUCCAGCAUGUUAAAGGUAGAGCACCAGAAAUUUGUUGUUUCCUAUUCUGUUACAAAAACAGGUCUUCUCGUGGGAACAUUAGAUGCAGUUUUGGACUCUACAUCAAAAGUGGCCCCGUUUCGCAUCCUGCACCAGACUCCAGACUCUCAGGUCUACUGGUCCAUCGCGUGCGGAUCCAGCAGAGAAGAAAUAACAGAACACUGGGAGUGGUUAGAACACAAUGUUAUGAAGACUUUAUCUGUAUUUGAUUCAAAUGAAGAUAUUACGAGCUUUGUCCAGGGAAAGAUAAGAGGUUUGAUUGCUGAAGAGGGAAAAAGUUCUUUUGUAAAAGAAGAUGAUCCUGAGAAGUUUCGUGAAGGUCUUAUGAAGUUUGAGAAGUGUUUUGGAUUGCCAGAGCAGGAGAAGUUGAUUACCUAUUACUCGUGCAGUUACUGGAAGGGCAGAGUGCCCUGUCAAGGAUGGCUUUAUCUUAGUACCAACUUCCUUAGCUUUUACUCAUUUUUGCUUGGAGCAGAAGUAAAACUUAUUAUCUCCUGGGAUGAAAUAUCAAGACUUGAGAAGACUUCCAAUGUGAUUCUGACAGAGAGCAUUCAUGUAUGCUCCCGUGGGGAAGAUCAUUAUUUUUCCAUGUUUUUGCACAUUAGCGAAACAUUCCUUCUUAUGGAGCAGCUGGCAAACUAUGCUGUUAGGAGACUUUUUGACAAGGAAACAUUUGAGAAUGAUCUAGUCCUUCAUGACCCUCUGCAGAUCACCAAGAGAGGCCUAGAGAGCCGUGCCCACAGUGAGCAGUUUACUGCAUUCUUCAGGCUACCUAAAGAAGAGACCUUGAAGGAAGUUCAUGAGUGCUUCUUAUGGGUUCCUUUCAUUCAUUACAAUACUCAUGGAAAAAUGUGCAUUUCAGAAAACUACAUCUGCUUUGCUAGCCAGGAUGGCAGCCUGUGCAGUGUAAUCAUUCCACUAAGAGAGGUCACAGGGGUGGAUAAGGCAGAUCCAGCCAGCAGAGGAGUCAGCAUUAGUACCAAAGGAAAAACAGCUUUUCGUUUCACAGAGCUUAGAGAUUUCGAACAGCUUGUGGCAAAGCUCAGAAUGAAAUGCAGUGCAACUUCAAGUCCACAGCACAUCAUAACUACAGAGGUUGCAGCUGGUUCUGCCUCUGAUCAUACAAAGGAUUUUGAUGCAGGACCAUCAAAGAUGGGUCAGAGAGAUAACAGCAAAACAGUCGGUACAGAAGCCUUAAUGACUGUCUACCAUCCUCAGGAUGCUGAGAAUCUUGACUCUAAAAUGUUGAAAGAAAAAAUGAAAGAACAGUCAUGGAACAUCCUCUUUGCCGAGCGAGGACAUGGUGUCAGUAUGUUUCGAACAAAGAAGACUCGAGAUCUGGUUGUAAGAGGGAUCCCAGAGGCCUUAAGAGGAGAGCUCUGGCUGCUCUUCUCAGGUGCUGUAAAUGACAUGGCAUCCAACCCUGGUUAUUACACUGAGUUGGUGGAAAAGUCCUUAGGAACGUGCACUUUGGCUACUGAUGAAAUCGAACGGGAUUUGCGUCGCUCCUUACCCGAGCAUCCUGCUUUUCAAAGUGACACAGGCAUUUCUGCACUCAGGAGAGUUCUUACAGCUUAUGCAUACAGGAAUCCUCAAAUUGGAUAUUGUCAGGCAAUGAAUAUUCUGACAUCAGUGCUUCUACUGUAUGCUAAAGAGGAGGAAGCCUUCUGGCUUUUGGUUGCUGUGUGUGAAAGGAUGCUCCCCGAUUACUUCAAUCGUCGAAUCAUUGGUGCCUUGGUAGAUCAGGCAGUGUUUGAGGAGCUCAUCAGGGUUCACCUGCCUCAGUUGACAGACCACAUGACGGACAUGACUUUUUUCUCCUCGGUCUCUCUCUCCUGGUUCCUUACCCUUUUUAUCAGUGUGUUGCCUAUUGAAAGUGCAGUCAAUGUGGUGGACUGUUUCUUCUAUGAUGGAAUAAAGGCAAUCUUGCAGCUGGGCCUCGCAGUGCUGGAAUACAACAUGGAGAAGUUGCUCACUUGUAAGGAUGAUGCAGAAGCAGUCACCGUUCUCAACAGAUUUUUUGACAGUGUCACUAACAAAGACAGUCCUUUGCCUCCAGCUGUGCAGCAAGGCUCCAACCUCAGCGAUACAAAGAGUGACCACCCCAAAGUGGACAUCACUGAUUUGAUUCGAGAGUCAAAUGAAAGAUACGGUGAUAUUCGCUAUGAGGAUGUUGAGAGCAUGCGCUGCAGGAACAGGCUUUAUGUGAUCCAGACCUUGGAAGCUACGACCAAGCAGAAUGUGCUACGUGUUGUGUCUCAAGAAGUAAGAUUCAGUCCUAGUGAACUUGAAGAGCUUUAUGAAUUGUUCAAGAAGGAGCACUUUCUUUCCUGUUACUGGAGCGUAAACAGUCCUGUCUUGCAGCAUCAUGAUGCCAGUCUGCCGUACCUUGAGCAGUAUCGGAUUGAUUGCCAGCAGUUCAGGGUUCUCUGUCAUCUCCUGAGCCCCUGGUCACACUGUGCAAACAGAGACUCACUUGCACUGUGGACGUUCAGACUAAUGGAUGAGAGCUCCGAUUGCCUUAUAAACUUCAAACAGUUUGCCUGUGUCCUUGAUACCAUGUAUAAUGGAAGCUUCACUGACAAACUCAAGCUUCUUUUUAAGUUGCACAUCCCUCCAGCUUUUACUGAAAUAGAAUCUCUAAGCCCUUCCAAAGGGGAUGAUCUUUCAAAAGAUGAACUGAUUCACUUCAGCCAACUCAGUGUUUCAUCUGUUGGGGAUAGUCUUGGAAGUGAUUCUUUGAAGAGCAGCCCAGAAAAAGCGAAGGGGAAGGUUGAUAUUCAGGCAUAUCUGAAGCAAUGGCAAGAUGAACUUCUUAAAAAAGAAGAAAACAUUAAGGAUUUGCCAAGAAUGAAUCAGUCUCAGUUCAUCCAGUUCUCAAAGACUCUGUACAAUCUGUUCCAUGGGGAUCCCGAGGAGGAGCUGUUAUAUCGGGCUAUCGCAGUGGUUACCAGCCUCCUGCUGAAAAUGGAAGAAGUUGGGAGAAGGCUGCAGAGUCCUGCAUCACCAGUCCCAAGUGGAGUUCACAUUACAGAGGUGCCUGCUGAAAUCCCCAGGGAAGGGCAGGAGGAAAGCAGCUCUGAGCAGACUGAAGGCAGUAGAGCACAGAGUUUGAGAGGGAACCAUGAAUGGUCUUUUGCCUUUGAACAGAUUCUGGCAUCCUUAUUAAAUGAGCCGGCCUUUGUGAGAUUUUUUGAAAAACCUCAUGACAUAAAAGUUAAAAUAGAGAGUGCUAAAAAUUUACAACUUAAAGCAAGAACCAGAGUGUAAUUUUAUUUACCUUUGACUCUGAAUUAACCACAAAGCGCUUACAAAUGAAGGUUGCAACUAAGGAAAUCAAGUCUGGUGUUUACAUAGAGAAAGACAUUUGCAGAGUUAGCUUUAAAUAUCAGAUUACUGGUAUGUAAUGUAAAUAAAAAUAGUUUGAAGCACAAUCACUUUCUUGCAUUAUUCAUAAGUUUCACUCCAAAAAAAAAAAAAAGGACUGGAUAAUAAACUGUCUUUACCAUGUUAGUAAAAUAUGCAACGUUGCUUGGAAAUACUGGGUGUGACCUGUUGCAAACCUAUCUGAAUGACUGCUGUUACAGUGUGUUCAUUUCUAUUUCCAGGUUAAUUUCUGUUACUAUGAUAAGAGGAAUGACUUCCUGCCGUUUUCACUUAAAAGGAGUAUCAAGAGCUUAGAGGUUGUCAUCCACAUUAGUUUCAUUAGUUAUUUCCAAACUUGCAUGGGGACUGGAGUCAAAGCAGGGUGAAGGCUAAAAAUGGAGGGUGUGGUAGGCACAAAAGCAUGAGAUUAGAGAAGGAAGUGCCCUGCUCUCAAUUCCUCUGCUUUGAUGAUACCCACGGGCCUGGACUCUUGCAGAUUCCAGCCCCUUGUCAGCAGUUUUCAGACUGCAUUCUCCCAGCCCACGUCUGUUUUUGCAAUAAACAACUGGUUUCCUGCCUUUCUAGCUCAGCUUAGAGCUCUCUUUCCCAUUUUCAUACCAAUCCUCCUACAAUGCAGGUGAAAAGGAUGGAAGCUUAUUUGGUCAUCCAGGCUGCACAUGGAUGCAGAAGCUAAUAUUGCUGGUUGAAAUCAAGGGAAAGCAGUGGCUAAAUCUGUCUGACCACAUGGUGGUGGUUGUCCUUUAUCUGGCAAGAGGAGCUUCUUAAGAGCAUAUUGAUGAAAUAUAGAGUUUUGCUGGUGUUUGCAAAGACCAAGCACAGACCAUCUUUAGCUGAAUGCUGAAGGGACAGAUUGCAAUUGCUCCUUUGCCUACCCUGAGUCCAUACCUCAACUUAUAAUUACUAUUUCUUUUCUGUAGCACUCUGGGUUAUUGCUGCUGUAAUAUUUUCCAUCAGCCAGGAUUCAAGGGAGCAAAAAAAUCCCCUUGAAUCUGACUUGAAAUUUUAAUAUAUAAAAAAUGAUAUAGUAGAAAUCCUGUGGAGGCAAGCUCUGCCAGCGUUAAUGCUGAGAAAUUUGACCUUGAAUCUUUGGUAGCUGGUGCUAGAAGGGGUUUAGAGAAAGAGGGAAAGAGCUUGUCUUUUAAAAAGAACAGCAAAGUAAACUGAGACUCUGUGCUAAACUAGUUAAAAUGUCUAUUUCCAAAGCCUGUAUGACAAUCUUUCUCUGCAGAGCAGCAUUAUUUUUAUACUGUGCAUGUUUUUUGUAAAGAAGCAGAACGGUGGUGGUAUCAUUCUCUGAGGUUUUUCUUGCAAUACUAAUAUGAAUGAAGAAUAAAAUGAAGUUCUGGCUUGUGUUACAGGCACUUUGUGAAAUGCCAUCAUUACAAUCGAUGUUAAAUACAGUUUUCAUCAGGAAAAAUGAAUUUAUGAAUUGUCCUAUACUCUCCCCCAUACUCUCAGGUAUUAAUGUAAAAUAAAUAAAGUUUUAUUGAAUGAACAGUCAGUUCAGAAGUUAUAUCAUAUAUGUGAGAAAUGAGGAAGCUUUUUUCAAAAGCCUUUACAAAGUAAUUGCACUUGAUACAAUAUAGUGCUGAUUUGUAUUUUUAUGCGUAAAAUAUAAGAACUAAUUUAUCCAUUUAUGUGGAUAUGGAUAAGCAGGGCCACACUGUGUUACUUAAUUUAAAAUGUAUUUACUCACUGUUUUCCCAAAGUUGUUUAGAAAGGCAAAGCAGAUGAUACUGUAGUUCUAGUCCAAGAUGUACUCAGAUAAGGUUUGAUCAGUGAGUAAUUCUGCAAAUAGCUGUGACAAAAUUAAUGGAACCCCAUGAAAGUAGAUGCAGCUGCCCAUCCCAAAAGCUUUUGUAGGUUUAUGACAGAUAUUGUUUAUGCCAAGAAGUAGUCAAAGCUGUGAACUAUUUGCUAAGCAGAGAUAUGGAAGUCUUAAAACUCAAGGACAUUUUUUUAGUUUGAGAGCCAAGAUGUUACGAUCCAAGUACAGAAGGAACUUGCAAAGUACAGCAGCCUUCUGUUGUUACCUGGUUAUGCAAACUGAGCACCUUUUUACAAUUCCCUUUUCUAUUAGUGCCAAUCCAAGAGACUGUGGAGCCAUUGCCAGUUAGGCAGUAGCUCUUCUCAGCUAUUAUAUCUAUGUAUAAAGAGAGAUUACCAGCAUAUAUAUAUAAACAGAUUUAAGGUAAGAAGUUAGGAUAUGUAGGGGAACACUAACUUUUAUUAACUGCAUGGAUUUUCUGUUCAAUUUUUUUAUUAUUUUUCCCCCAAAGAGUGAUGUCUUUAAAUUGUUUCUGUAAUACAGGACAACCUGUAGGCUGAUCCAGGAAGGCUAGUCACAGUGGCCAGUCUCAGCAGGAUGGAGCAUGUGGAGCAAGGUCACUUUCAGCAGGCUGACAGCACUCAGGCAACUGCCUCACUGGCAGAUUCUUCCUUUUGGAGUCUCUGGAUUGUGGGCUGAUCCUUUGGGGAGAUCUAGAUGUAGCAAGUGCCAGUUAUUUCAAAGGAUUGUGACCCUGAGGUGUGUUUGCUGGGCUGAUUCCACAGUGCACCAUAACACUGAGGGACACUUGAGUUCUGCUUGUGACAGUAAUUCUGGAGUUAGUGUCUAGCUGAUUUCCUUCCCUUUCCUAUUCUAGCUCCUUCCGUCCCUAUUCCAGAUGGACUGGCUAACAAUUAAAUGCAGGUUUAGUUGGGUUUGGUGGAGCUAGAGCAAUAGCAGCUUUUUCCCUCUCCACUCCCAAAGGGUGAUGCCUUCACUUCAGAGCCCUGUCUAGGCAGGUACAGAGAUCCCUGUGCCAUACAGCUUUUUGGUCAGAUGAAGCUGGUGAUGCAAAGAUGAACCCAGACUCUCAUUCCAUCUCAUGAGGACUCUGGGGUGUGCACAUUGGUGUUGCAGGAGGGCAGCUGCCACAUGUAGCAGGGAAUUAUGCAGGAGGAGUCUGGUGGUUGCAGAGCAUCUGACACGGUAUUACUCAGCUACUUCCCAAGGGGGGACUUUCCAUUCAAAUUGUAACUUGGAAAUUUUUAUGUGUGUGUUUGAACUUUGAACAGUUCAUUCAUGAACAGGAAGCAGCGUGGUUAAGUGAGUUCUGAUGCGUCACUUCACUCAUCUCUGUUCCUUUUUUUUUCUGUAAGUUUCUAUGAAGUUUUCUGUCUUUCUGUUUUUCUGGUUCAGUCAUAGGAAAUAAAUGAAGGUGCAUCAUUCAGUACAAAAUGGACAGUUGUAGGUAGGGUAUAGAUUGCUAAAAAUUAGUGGUGCUGUUUGUACAGUUUGAGAAUUGCAUCACCAGGGUGACUUGGCAGCUGUGUCCUGGUUACCCCGACACACUGGCAGUGGCUGUCAGCAGAGGCUGCGCGGUCCUUUCUGGCAGCUGGGAUUGGCUCAAAUAAUAAAAAUACCAGCUCUUUUCACCCUGGGGGAGAACUGAUGGUAAUUCAGCUGGUAGCAUUUCCCAGGACAUGGAAAUGGCCACUGUCAUGUGAUAAAAAAAAACCCACUCAGUUUCCAUCCAUUCCUAAACGAAGCCACUUGUUCAUCACUCUAAUGGCUGGAUAAUAAUGUAAUUUUAGAAGAGUUUGCUACCAUAGUGACUAAGAAAUAGCUGUGUGUUGAUUUUACUAGAAGUUUCUCAUUCAGUUGUACCAUACAAGGUUCUUAAUUGCGAUUUCAGUUGCUAUCUGGACUAAAGCAGAAGAAAAUAUUCCAAUUUGUUUCCAAAAAAAUAGACUAUUUUGUCUUUUUUGCUAUAGCCUUGUCACUUUACCAAGAAGGCAACACGUUUGUGUUGACAGAUUGGCUUUUAUACAAUGUAUUGUAUGAAGUACUGUAAGACAAAUGAGGUGUUAAAUAAAGCAUUGUUUCACUUUAAAAAGAAAUAAA